UCCCCGGAUCCAAGCCUCUCGCGGCCGCGUCGUCGCGCUGCUCGGGCUGAGAGCGCCGCCGCACCCGUGGCCGGCGAUGCGGGGCCCCGGCGCGGCCGCGGCGCGCUCGCCCCUGGGCCUGUGCACCCUGGCGCUUGCGCUGCUGGGCGCGCUGCCCGCCGGCGCCGGGGCGCAGCCGUACCACGGCGAGAAGGGCAUCUCGGUGCCGGACCACGGCUUCUGCCAGCCCAUCUCCAUCCCGCUGUGCACGGACAUUGCCUACAACCAGACCAUCCUGCCCAACCUGCUGGGCCACACGAACCAGGAGGACGCGGGCCUCGAGGUGCACCAGUUCUACCCGCUGGUGAAGGUGCAGUGUUCUCCCGAGCUGCGCUUCUUCCUGUGCUCCAUGUACGCGCCCGUGUGCACCGUGCUGGACCAGGCCAUCCCGCCGUGCCGCUCCCUGUGCGAGCGUGCCCGCCAGGGCUGCGAGGCGCUCAUGAACAAGUUCGGCUUUCAGUGGCCCGAGCGGCUGCGCUGUGAGAACUUCCCCGUGCACGGCGCCGGCGAGAUCUGCGUGGGCCAGAACACGUCCGACGGCUCGGGGGGCGCGGGCGGCGGCCCCACGGCCUACCCCACUGCGCCCUACAUGCCGGACCUGCCCUUCACCGCCCUGCCCCCGGGGGCAGCUGACGGCAGGGGCCGCGCUGCCUUCCCGUUCUCGUGCCCCCGCCAGCUCAAGGUGCCCCCCUACCUGGGCUACCGCUUCCUGGGCGAGCGCGACUGCGGCGCCCCGUGCGAGCCGGGCCGAGCCAACGGCCUGAUGUACUUUAAGGAGGAGGAGAGGCGCUUUGCCCGUCUCUGGGUGGGCGUGUGGUCGGUGCUGUGCUGCGCCUCGACGCUCUUCACCGUGCUCACCUACUUGGUGGACAUGCGGCGCUUCAGCUACCCCGAGCGGCCCAUCAUCUUUCUGUCGGGCUGCUACUUCAUGGUGGCCGUGGCGCACGUGGCCGGCUUCCUGCUGGAGGACCGCGCCGUGUGCGUGGAGCGCUUCUCAGACGACGGCUACCGCACGGUGGCGCAGGGCACCAAGAAGGAGGGCUGCACUAUCCUCUUCAUGGUGCUGUACUUCUUCGGCAUGGCCAGCUCCAUCUGGUGGGUCAUCCUGUCGCUCACCUGGUUCCUGGCAGCCGGCAUGAAGUGGGGCCAUGAGGCCAUCGAAGCCAACUCGCAGUACUUCCACCUGGCCGCGUGGGCUGUGCCCGCUGUCAAGACCAUCACCAUCCUGGCCAUGGGCCAGGUGGACGGGGACUUGCUCAGCGGGGUGUGCUACGUGGGCCUGUCCAGCGUGGAUGCGCUGCGGGGCUUCGUGCUGGCGCCCCUGUUCGUCUACCUCUUCAUUGGCACGUCCUUCCUGCUGGCCGGCUUCGUGUCCCUCUUCCGUAUCCGCACCAUCAUGAAGCACGAUGGAACCAAGACCGAGAAGCUGGAGAAGCUCAUGGUGCGCAUCGGCGUCUUCAGCGUGCUCUACACGGUGCCAGCCACCAUCGUCCUGGCCUGCUACUUCUACGAGCAGGCCUUCCGCGAACACUGGGAGCGCACCUGGCUCCUGCAGACGUGCAAGAGCUACGCGGUGCCCUGCCCGCCUGGCCAUUUCCCGCCCAUGAGCCCCGACUUCACUGUCUUCAUGAUCAAGUACCUGAUGACCAUGAUCGUGGGCAUCACCACCGGCUUCUGGAUCUGGUCCGGCAAGACCCUGCAGUCUUGGCGCCGCUUCUACCACAGACUCAGCCACAGCAGCAAGGGGGAGACUGCGGCUUGCUCACAUGGCUGGUGUGUUUUACAAACACACAGAAGGAAAACCAGUGACAGUCCUCACCAGGAGGAGGAAGCCACGCCGCUGCACUCUGUGCAGAGCAUCUUUUAAGAUCCUCCUGGGUUUUGAACAUCACAAUGGCUGUGAGGUCAUCUUAACCUGUGAAGAUUUUGGCAUCAAGGAAGGAAAAAAAUAGCGACUUAAAGGCUCUUUAGGUUUAUCCAGUUUUUGCUCAUAAAGUGACACCUUUUAGGUUAAAGCAUGCCUCUUUUAACACCACACUAAUACCUCCUGUUAAGAAUGUUUGCUUUUAGAGUAGGUCGAAGGCUCCCGAUGGGGUUUUUUGCUCACAAAUUAACUGCUAAAGGCACUUAGACCUUUGUGUGGGGAGAGCUGUGUGACUGCUCCUAUAAAUGUGUCCCCCCUCUUGUCGGAGCUGCCUCGUUCUUCAGGGUGCUCAAAGAUUGAAGAGCCUUGGU